ACUCACUGACUUCUUCACCAGCAUCAUCAACAUCAUGAAGGUGGUUCUCGCACUGACUCUGGUGGCCGCCGCUGUGGCUGCCCCAUCCGGUCCCCGUUAUGGCUUCAACCCCGGCCCUUCCUACAGGCCAACCCCGUCCUAUGCUCCUGCUCAGUACAGCUUCGACUGGGCGGUGAAUGACGCUCCUUCCGGUAACGACUUCGGCCACCAGGAGAAUCGUAACGGUGACAACACCCAGGGGUCGUACUACGUGCACCUUCCCGACGGUCGUCUGCAGCGGGUGACCUAUGCUGUCGACGGCGGGUCUGGGUACGUGGCCGAUGUCACCUACCAGGGCGAGGCUCAGUUCCCUGCCUACAGUCCAGGCUCAUCCUAUAGGCCAACCCCAGCCUAUAGACCUGCCCCAGUGUAUGGUUAA